GUCUUUUCCGUUUCUAAACUAAUUCCACCCCUGGGCGAGUCAAAAUCGACUUUGGAUGAUCCAUGAUACCACAGGACUGAUGAUGGAUGGAUCACUACAGGACCAUCACCAACGCCAGGAUCAUCAGGAUUAUCUUUCAAUCGUGGAACUGGGACUCGCCAGGACUACAGGACCAUAGAGUCAACACUACAGGACCAUCACCAACGCCAGGAUCAUCAGGAUAUCUUAUCACCAAGAUCACCAGGAUCGUAGAACGCGUCGGGAAUUCCGGCAGUGUCGUCGAACCACCGGGAGUGUCUUCGCCCCGUCAUCCAUUCGUGGGGACUGGAAACUCCGGGGUUGGAAGGGGGAAGUCCUGGAACAUCGGAAUCCUGGAACAUCAGGGUUCUGGAACAUCGAGGGCUUGGAUGGUAAGAACUUCGACGUAUCGGAACUUCGGGACUUCGAAGUAUGGGGCAUCGAAACAUCAAAGACUCGGUAUAAUAUACCGAAUCUUUGGUUUUUCGUGUCCGAUACUUUGAAAUCCUUAAAUUUCGAUAUGUCGAAAUUCUUACGAUCCACAGCCCUCAAUGAACUGGAACUCUGAAUGCUCCAGGACUCCGAUGUUCUGGGGGACAACCUCCGACCCAAGACCCGGAGCCUCCGGGACUCACAAAAGUUAACGCACUAGUCCGCCAAUUUUUUUCAGCAUU